CAAUAAUAAUUUUGUCCAAUAAUUUUAUUUUUUUCUUGUAGAACCAAAAGAAUACAAAUUGCAGUCAAGAAUUCUAGAAGCUGGCUGCAUUUUUGUAUUUUCUGAUGUUUGUGAACCAGAUCAGUUUGAAACACUAUACGUAACCAACAACACUGCUGUUCAUUAUUAUAAACAUCAUCAAUCAUUUAGGUUUUUGGAGCUUCUUUCUCCAUCUUUUGCUCUUUUUGACAAUGACAGUAUGAUGAUGACCUCAGUUGCAACUAUUUAGAGAAAGAUUCACCGCCAUAUUAUCUUAAAUUCUUCAAAAUUGAAAUAUAUCCAAAGAACUCCUCAAUGUGCUGUUAAGGACAUGAUUUUUUUAAAUGCUCUGAUAUAUGACAUCCUUAUAUCUUGCAGGUUAGUGUCGACUAUCUGACAAAACCUAUUGAUGUCUUCAAAGAGAUGGGUCGCGUUCUUAAGCCAGGCGGCCUAGCUAUCAUGAGCUUCUCCAACCGAUGCUUCUGGACAAAGGCAAUCUCAAUAUGGACAUCAACAGGUGAUGCUGAUCAUGUCAUGAUUGUUGGAUCAUACUUCCACUAUGCUGGGGGUUUUGAACCCCCUCAGGCUGUAGAUAUAUCUCCGAAUCCUGGACGUUCAGAUCCAAUGUACAUUGUGUACUCAAGAAAGCUUGCUACUGUCUAA